UUGCGGUGCCUUGCGGCCACCGGGCUGCUCCCGGCCCCAGCAUGACACCCCGGCCACGGGCCGGGGCACCGACGCCGGCCCCGGCAGCACAACGGGAGACGCGCCGUCGGCACGACCUUCGCCAGUGAACGGGCCACCCAAACCAGACCGAUGUGGUCUCCGCUGCACCCGGCCCGGCCAUGACGGGGGUCGACCAGCCCAGCCUACGGCGUGCCAACAUGCUCUGCUGCGGCAGAAAGAAGGAGGGCAGAGAAAACACCCCCGACAUCGCGACGAGUCCCAGACGGCAGCCCCAUGCCGGCCUCCCCAGCAACCACCCCGGCCAGCCCGGCAUGCCCGGCCAGCCCGGCCAGCAGGGACUGCGGCCCAAGGACCCACCGCCCAUGGUCAUCCAGGGCGACUUCAGAAAGGUCAGCGGAAUCUCCAGCGAGAUCUUCCGGCAGAUCGAGACGGUGGAGAACGACCACGACGCGACCACGGCCGCGGCCCUGGACGCCGUGGAGCGGAGGGGGGAGAUGGUGGUGCGGCUGCUGGAACCGCGCGCCGUGGGCCGGCAGGCGGCGGACCACGUCAAGCGGUUCUUCGCCAUGCAGGACGCCAAGCACACCGUGCAGCUCGUGGAGAUCGUCAAGCGGCCCGGGCAGACCCUGGGGCUGUACAUCCGCGAGGGCAACGGCAUGGAGCGCUCCGACGGCGUGUUCAUCUCCCGCAUCGCCCUCGAGUCCGCCGUCUACAACAGCGGCUGCCUGAAGGUCGGCGACGAGAUCCUGGCCGUGAACCUGGUGGACGUGACGAGGAUGUCGCUGGAUGACGUCGUCAUCAUCAUGUCCAUCCCGCGGCGGCUGGUGCUCGUCACGCGCCAGACCAAGGGCGGCGGCGCCCCGCACCUGCAGCAGUCGCAGCACAAGGCGCCGCCCGUGGUCGUCAUCAAGAAGGAGCUGCGCGACGACGAGGAGCACCAGCAGCUGCACGACGACAUCCACGAGGAGUCGCUGAGUCGGCGUCGCGGGCCCGGUUCCAUGUCCGGGUCGCGGUCGCGGCUCGGCCUGUCCUCGCGCAUGGGCUCGCACCAGGACAUCCACGACAGCAUGGCGAGCAUGGCCAGCAUGGGCAGCACGCACAACGGGCUGGGCCUGGGCCAGGGACAGGGCCUCGGCGGCCUCGGCGACCUCUACUACAACUCGCGGCCGGAGCGCAGCAUGUCCACGUGGUCCUACCAGCCGCCGCCGCCGGUGGUCACGGACCAGUCCAAGCCCGCCGGGCCGCAGCACUUCCAGCCGUAUGAGCGGGGGUACCCCAAAACCCUGGAGUCGCUCGCGGAAAAGGUAUACGCUGUCCACUCGUUCUACCCGGGGCAGCCGAUGCCCAGCAGGUUGCAGCAGGGCCGCCAGGCCCCGCAGUACUACAGCCGGGGCAAGAACAUGCCGCGGUCCGGCAGCGACCAGCACCUACCGCGGGUCGAGUACCAGCACCCCCCGCAGCGCACGGCGCACACCAUGCUCCGGCCGGGCACGCUGGCGCACUACACGUCGGGGCGCUACGGCUCGGCCGGCCAGCAGCACGGCCAGCACGGCCAGCACAGCUACCGCCGCAGCCGGCAGUCGCUAGACUACGCGUCGGACACCGAGGCCACCUGCUCGCCGUCGACGCGCUCCUCGUACUACUACUAUCGGGACCGGUCCAGCGCGCAGGGCUCGGCGGCGGCGUCAGCGGCGUCAGCGGCGCUGUCGCGGCUGGGGUCGUCCACCCUGACCCGCGGCGGGUCGCUGCGGUCCAACUCGCUGCCCCGCGACCACCGCGGCCCCGGCGGACUGCCGGGCGGCCUCCCCAUCAGCAUGGGGGUGGGCACGUUGGGGCGGUCGCUGGUGCCCUCCUCGCCGGCCUCCACGCGCCACCAGCUCGCGUCGUCCGGCCGGCCGCCCUCCGCCGCGCACCAGCUCCUGGACCACCACUACGACAGCGACAGCGCGCUCUCCGCGCCCGACCUGCCUCUCGGCCGCAGGGACCGAGUCAGAGGCCGGCUGCCGUCCUCGCCCAGCGUGUUCACCGCCGACGAGUACCGGGCGUGGCUGCAGCGCACCCCCUCCACCAGCGCCAUCUACGAGCGGAUCCGCGCCAACCGCGACGCGGUGCUGGCCCACCAGCGCGCCUCCCGCCUCACCUUCUCCGCCGAGAACCUCAACCUCCUGGACCGCGCCAGAGAAGACGGCUCUUCGUACUACGGCUACCGCGCGCCGCUCACCUCCACCUUGGACAGGCACACCUUCGGGGCGGGCCGGUCGCCGUCCGCCUCGGCGCUCAGCAGCGUCAGCUCGGUGGGGCGGUCGCAGUCCAUGAGGAGGAUGCGGCAACACCUGCUGGAGCUGGAGGCCAGUGCCAGGCACAGCGGCACGCUCAGCAGGACACCCUCCUCGGUGGUGCCCGAGUCGACGCGGUCCCGGAUCAUGGAGAUCAACCCGUCCGAGUUCCUCAAGUACAAGAUGGACAAGGGCGGCGUCGUCCCCGGCGUGGCCUCUGUGACCGCCUCCGUGACCGGCGACCUGCUCGGCGACGCGGCGGCCAGCCCCGGCGUCAGCGGGUUGCUGUGGGUGCACCUGCUCGCCGGCAGGGGCCUCCGCGCGUCCGGCACCGCGUCCACCGCCACCACGCCGUCGACGCCCUCGGCCCCCACGCCGUUAGGCGGAAGCGGCAACGCCCUCAGGGACCUGUACUGCGUGCUGGAGUGCGACAGGGUGCACAAGGCGCGCACGGUGGUCCGCACCGGGGACCUCGUCUUCGACUGGGAUGAGACGUUCGAGCUGGACCUCGUCUCCAACAGGGAGCUGGACUUCCUCAUUUACUCUUGGGAUCCGCAGUACAGGCAUAAGCUGUGCUACAAGGGAUCGGUCCACCUCUCAUCACUUCUUCGCCAGUCGCCCAUCCACCAACUGGCGCUCAAAAUAGAACCCAGGGGGACUCUGUACCUUCGGUUGCGACACACUGACCCCCACUCCACGUUCUCACGCAAGCCGGCAGCGGCCUCCCACCCACUUCUCUCUCGACCCGGGGCCAAGUCUUUAGCAGCGACAGCAGGACUGUUGUUUGGAGUCGACUUAGAAUCCGUAGUGAAUCGGGAGAAUCUGUCUGGCGGCGUGCCGGGAGGCGUGCCGACGUCUGUGGCCUUGGCCACGCAAGGCACCGCACAAGUCCCGCUCAUCAUCAGGAGAUGCGUCGAGGAGAUCGAGAGGAGAGGACUUGAUAUCAUUGGAUUGUACAGAUUAUGCGGCUCAGCCACUAAGAAAAGAAUACUCAGAGAGGCGUUUGAACGGAACGCACGAACAGUAGACUUAACGCCUGACAACGUCCCGGACAUAAACGUCAUUACUGGCGUGCUGAAGGACUAUUUGAGAGAACUGCCGGAGCCUCUGUUCACGAAGUGCUUGUACCAGAUGAUGCUGGACGCUUUGACUGUAUGUCUUCCUGAUGAUCCCGAGGGAAAUGCCAAGCUAAUGUUUUCCAUUUUAGACUGUCUACCGAAGGUUAACAGGACUACAUUAAUUUACCUCAUGGACCACUUAGCCCUUGUUGUUUCACAAUCGGAAAGAAACAAAAUGACCCCUCAAAAUCUUGCCGUGUGCUUUGGACCUGUGAUGAUGCUGCAGACGGAGGAGGGGCGAGACCUAGACUUCAUUCAAACAAUCAGCGUCCUUAGAUAUCUGCUAGAAAUUUGGCCGUGCAAGUCAGGAAAUAGGUACCAAGAUAGCAGGGACUUUGACCGGGGUACUGAUUCAACAUCAAACCAACACCUCUUAUUUCGGGAGGUCUUGGACGCGUCCACCACGGCCUUGACGUCGACCUUGACGCCCUCGUUGGCCUCGCAGAAGGCGCCGCCCUUGCCAGUCAAGCCAGCAUCCUCCGGCCUCCUCACCUCGCUGUCGCGGGUGCAGAGCUCUUCGCCGGUUGUGGUCUCGUCGCCGAUAAGUGACUCUUCGCCCAGCCCCUCCCCGCCGGAGGAGGCUGAGAUCCUCAGGAGCAUGCCCAGCGGCAUGCCCAGCGGCAUGCCCAGCACAGCGAGCACGGCGAUGAAGCGCGGCCCGCCGCCCCGGGUGGAGCCACGCCGCAGCGUGCCCAAGCAGGCCGAAGACACCAACGGAAUGUCGCUGCAGCGGCAACACAGCCAGCCGCCCGGGCUGCCUCCCAGGAACACGUCCACUCUGCAGCGAAAGUGGUCCGCAAAUGGCAACACCAACGGCAACGGCGCGGGUGCCAUGGCGGGCGGCCCAGCUCGAAGCGGCCUCACUUCAAGGCCGCUGCCCAGCCCGCCCGUGACGAGCCGCGCCAUGCCACCGCCACCAGGGCACCCACCCGGGCACCCACCGGGCCAUCCACCUGGGCAAGCACCAGGGCACCCCCCUGGCCAAGCACCAGGGCAGGCACAUCCACCAGGGAGCCAGGCCGGGUACGGCGGCAACAACGGCUAUAGCGGCCCAAACUCCAUGGCCGGGCACAUGGGAAACUCCAUGGGAGGGAACUCCAUGGGGAAUUCCAUGGGAAUGGGAGGGUCCGUGGGAGGCCCCUUAGGCGGUAGCAGCGUUCUUGAGGCGGUGAAGAACAUCGAGAGCUUCCAACAGCAGCACGAGGCAGGCAGCGCCAACUCUUCGCCCAGGUUGGGUCGGAACGGCACUGGCUUGGUGAUGAACCUCAACGUUCCGGACCAUUCCGGCGACCGAGACACCUCCCCGGCGGCGUCCGACCAGGGUGAUCAGCUGGAGACGCCCACGUCGUCCACUGGCACGGAGGACUCCCGGCGCGACGCUGGCGAGAGGGGCACGGAGGGCGACGAGGAGGCAAGCGAUGACGACGAGGACGACCGCUUCCGGUCCGGAAGGGGCAGCAGCACGUCGGUGGUCAUGAGGGACGUGAGGGCUGACUAGAACUAGCGCUAGAAUGUGUGUCGUUUGUUACACUUUGAGCACAGAGUGUUCAUCUGUGCUCGACCAUACAUGCCACUCAGAUGGUCGCUUUUUGGUUGUUGUACAAAUUACGCUUUUGGCCUUCGUCGACUGAUUGGAGACCCACUCAUGUGACCAGAUAUAUUUUUCUCAUGUGAGUUAGAAACGACCUACUUAGUUUACAUUAUCCUAUUAGGAUCAGCAACGUAGAUCGAUUUACUCAAACAGACUGACUUUUGGACCACGCUCUCUAGAAAUUGUGUCUUCAGAACCCGUUUGUCUACAGAAUCUUAAUAUCGUCUCAACACAGUGGUAAUAAACUGUGGCUCGCUGUCAACCAAUAAUAGGAUAAAUACUGUUUACCGUCAUAGUUCAAUUAUCUCCAUCUUUGGAAGGGCAGAAUGUGGUUCAUUGGAAUUUAAUCAAAACGUUUCUUGAUUUCGUUUAUUAUAAACGUUCUCUGCUUGCUGUUCCUCAUAACACGAAUUCAGGAUGAAAUAAAACUGUGCACAAUACUCGUACAAACCAGGACGUUGGUAUAGCUCGUUACGCUGAACGGUAAUAUUCCUUAACUACUGAAACUAUUUUUACCAUACGUAAAACAAAUUUCCGCCAAAAAAUUGUCAAUUCUAAAUAAGGGGUCGGUAGAUGCUUGUGUCACAGCAUUGUAGUAAGUUAGUAACUAAUUGUAGAUAUUUAAGUAGCCCUUCAGCAGAAUAGUCUUCUGCAAUCCGCAACACAAAAAAGUUAAAUUCAUGUUGCUUUAACUUUUUUCUAAACAACCGUGACUGUUACAUAAUCGAAAAAUUUAUGGACAAGCUUUGCUAAGAUACUGGCCUUUGCGCUAACAUGUCUAUUGUUAUCUUCUCUCCUGUAAUCUCUUCAAGUACAGAGAGAUGUGAUUAUAAAGCUUAGCCUACUGAAAAUUGCAAAUAAAUAUCGAAAGCCACUAUCAAUGUUUAUAUUCAAAGGUCUUAAAACACUUUUCAAAGGACUGUUUGUACAUGUUGUUUCUGUUUUUUUUUAUAUAUCUUUAUUGUACAGUUUUGAAAAGAAAAUGGCAGUUUUGUUUAAGUGUUAGUAGUUAACUAAUGUAAUAGAUUGGCUGGAACAAUAUGAUUAAGUAGAAUUUGUCAAUAAGCAAUAAAAGGGGGCAUCUAAUCACCACGCUAUGUAAUAUCGCUGCCUUUCAAAAAGGCUGUUACUUAUUGCAAAUAUCUCGUGUAUAUUAUGUCAAGGAAAAUGCAAAAUCAUAUCUGUAUAUAAUGUACCUAAAGUCAUGCGACUUCACUGCCACAAUUAGUCCAAACGUAAUUUAAGCUCUGACUUGUAUUUAGAUGUCUUGGAAUUCAAACAUAGCCUGUACCUUUCAAAGGAAUUGCAUCGUCCGCGUGUCAGAAUUUAAUUUAACUAUUGUUGAAUUGUGUCGUGAGCUCUGUGUGAGCGUGUAUCUUGACACCAUCAGGCGAUAUCUCGUCAAUUAUGCGAGCAGUGUCGUUAGAUUUACUGCAACUUUGUAACGACUGUGUUAUUGUUCGCUCAUUCAUGCUUAAAGCUUUCGUUCAAAUCAAAUCUUGGCCAUGAAUCAAUCAGAAGAGUGAGUCAACGGUUUUGUAAAAAUCAAAUCAUAGGCUAACAAUUUUCUUUUGUUUGAUGUCAAUUACACUAAACGCUGAAGUUUCUAUGCACGAUGAUAGAUCUUUUUACAUUGAAACUUGGGGCCCUCAUGUGUGAAGGACCCACACAGGAAAAGAGUGCUCAUGACUUGUAUUCAACACAACCAAAUCCGGUUGAUUGUUAAAUUUAGUGUAAGAUUUUCUGUGUAUUUAGAGGGUGGAAAAAUGGGAAAUCUAUACAAACUUCCAAGCAUGUAUCUGGUUAUUGAUGGAACACUGCGGAUGAGGCAUAACCGAGCAAACGGAAGAUGUAAAAUAUCAAAGUAGAACACAAUUUGCUGAAUGUAUGUACAUUAUUUUCUAGGAAGUCGCACUGUUUGUACUUCGCAACUUUGCUGUAUUACGAAGAAAAAGAGGAGUUAUAUGAAGCAGAGAUUUACGCUCCUGCUUUCAUGCACAUAUCAUGAAUGAACUGUGUAAAGUAUUUUAGAGAUUUGCAAUUUAUCAUUUACAGGGGCGUUGUUUAUCAUCUGUGAAAGAGGUGUACUUAUUUCAUUGUUGUUUAUUAUUUUAUCAUUUAUAAAUAGUUUAUACUUUUAAAAUGUGGAACAAAUUUGUUACGUUUUAGCUAAUGCGGUGAUCUGUUUCGCAAUUUUUCUGUCCUUGGAAAUAAAAAAAAAAGUAUCCGCUAAAUUUUAUUGUUGUGCCAUUUUCUACUUUUUUUGUAUCCACAAGUAUUUGUUUGUAAGUAAUUUGUUUGAAAACGAACGGACUAUUCAUUUAAGCUUUGUGUUCAUAUUUAGGCAAAUGCUGUCUAGAGAAAUGAGUACGGAUGCAGUUGUUCCUAAAUGUCUCAGGUUAAUUCGUUCUGUACUGUUAAAAGUGGCGCUGAUUCAAUUAGUAAAAAUGAACAUUUUCA